CAGAAAGAACAGUCAAAAUGCAGGCAGGGCACAGGACAAAGCAGUAGGGACAAUAUAAAAUGACAGUUUUUAAAACUUUAAAAUUAUGCCGCCGGAUCCGGCCCCCGUACGUCCCGUCGCUCGCAGGGACCGGAACACAGAAGCCGGAUGUCGGCAUCGGCCGGAGGAGAUGGCCGGGGAUGCUGCAGGGGACGCAUCACGGGAGCGAAGGACAAGGUAAGCGCUGCAGGGAAUCCCUGAGCAAUGCCACAUGGUAAGCACGGGU